AUGUCCAAGAACCUUCACACCAGUGCACCAGAUACAGACACAGCCAUUGACAGAAAUGUGCCCGAAUUCCCAGUGGCUCAGGAUUCUGAUGAACAAAACUAUUUCAAGACAAAUCAACCACCUUCAUAUUUAGAUCAAUUACAUAAAUCAACUAAAGAAUUCAUUCAAUUUCAUAAGGACCAAGGUAAAGGAAGAAAAGUGGUACUGGUCACUUCUGGUGGUACUACUGUCCCAUUGGAAAAUAAUACUGUUAGAUUUAUUGAUAAUUUUAGUGCUGGUACAAGAGGUGCUACAAGUGCUGAAUAUUUUCUUGAAAAUGGUUAUGCUGUGAUUUUUUUACAUCGUGAAUUCUCUUUAUUACCUUAUUCAAGACAUUAUAGUCAUACUACAAAUUGCUUUUUAGAUUAUAUGACUGAAAUUAAUGGUGAAUUAAGAAUUGAUCCUAAAUAUAGUGAAACUAUGCAUAAAGUUUAUAAAAAAUAUAAUGAUGCAAGAGAUCAAAAUUUAUUAUUAUUAUUACCUUUUACUACAGUGAAUCAAUAUUUAUUUUCAUUAAGAGAAAUUUCAAAACUUUUGAAUCUUGUUGGUGGUAGAGCUCUUUUCUAUUUAGCUGCUGCUGUAUCUGAUUUUUUUUUACCACAUUCAAAAUUACCAGAACAUAAAAUUCAAGCUCAAGAUCAUAAUGGUGGGAAAUUAGUGGUUAAUUUAGAUCCUGUUCCAAAAUUUCUUAGAAGAUUAGUUGAUAGUUGGGCUCCAGGUUCAUUAAUUACAAGUUUUAAAUUAGAAACUGAUAAAUCUAUAUUAAUUAAAAAAUCAAAUCAAGCUUUAGAUCGUUAUAAUCAUCAAUUAGUUAUUGGUAAUUUAUUACAAACUAGGAAAAAAGAAGUUGUUUUCGUAACAAAAGAUCCAAAAAUUGAACCUGAAUGGUUUAGAUUAAGUGAUGAAGAAGUGGAAAAAGGUGUUGAUAUUGAAAGUUUAAUAAUUCCAGCAGUUAUAAAAGUUCAUGAAGAUUGGAUCAAAAAUCACGAGUAA